AUGGCUCUGAAGAAAGCGCCAGUGGCGCCCAGUAACAUUUCUGAUGAAGAUGUGAUCGAAGUCAGUCGCCCGUGUCGUUUCCCUCAACACGAAAUUCAUGAAAUGAGAACACCACGAUCCAGGCCAAGGAGCCCAUCAGAGCCGCGUACACCUUCUAAGGAUUCUGCAUCGAAGCCCUUUACACUGGGAUCUCCGUUGGUUACUCCUAAGCUUGAUAGGAGGAAAACUAAACACCGUGUACCGCCCCCUUCGACUGCUGCUACUGCUGCUACUGCUACUGCUGCUGCUGCUGCUGCUGCUGGGGCUGCAGCAACGACGCAGGAGCCGAAGGCAACCGCACCGAUCAGCCCAAGAAAAUACUGCAGGCCAGAGGCGUUUGCUUCUUCUGGUUAUACAGAAAAAGAAUUAAAAAGCACUGCAGAUGCAGUGAUGAAAGGAGAUCCUCGCUUGAAAUGGUAUUCUGCUGAGGCAGACGAAACGGAACAACUCCUCCGUAGAUUCGAUAUGGAGGCAAUGUAUGGACCGAGCGUUGGGGUUAGCCGAGAAGAACGAUGGAUACGAGCAGCAGAAAUGGGUUUGAAUCCUCCUGCUGCAGUGAUGGAGGCGCUACAGAGACACCGGAAAAGCUCUCUGAGUGUUUUCGAUCAGAGGAUGAAACCUGAGAACAACUCCGCUUGA